AUGACACUCAUUAUGUCUGGGCGCCUCCUCCACCAAUACGUUGUUGAUGUAUAUUCUACGAUUGAGGAAGACCGUCUUCGAUGGACAAGGAACAAUCAAGACGUUCUGAGGGCUGAAUUAUACAGUAAUGUUUGUGAUGCUGUUGGAAAAGGUGACACUGAUGCGAGGACGGUUGAUUUAUUCAUCACAAUGACGGCAAACCCAAAUUGGAAAGAGAUAAAAGACCAUUUGGCAACAUACAAUGGUGAUAACCCGAAUGAUAGACCAGAUAUUGAGUGCCGAGUUUUCAAAAUGAAACUAGACCAGCUGCUAGAUGAUUUUAAGAAGGGUACAUUCUUCGCUCCAUACACAGCAGAUAAUGCUUCUGUCAUCCCUCAUAACAUAGAAAUCCUCAAGAAGUAUGCAGCUCAUAUAAAUGUGGAAUAG